GUUCUUGCCCUCCGCACGGGGAAACUCUACUUUCGUUACCUUACGAUGCCUCCCAGUGCGAUGGCUGCAAAGCGGGCCCUCGAAGAGUCCGCCCCCGAACCAGCUGUCGCGAAUGGGCACACCCGAUCCAAGCGCGCCAGGAGAAUAACCUCCGACCCAACCAUCCCACAUCCGCUCAUCAACGCCCUGUACGCCGAAUCCAACGUCCUCAAGAUCUGGACCGUGGCCCGCAAAGCCCUCGGCGCCACCGAACCCCCAGUCCUCUACCCCGAAUACACCGGCAAAGACAAGACAUACGUCUACCGCGCGCUGGACUUUUGGACAUCGGGCUUCUUCCCUGGGUCGCUGUACCUCCUCCUCGAGCGCCAGAUCCUCUAUCCAUCUUUCUACAGCCGCGAUGGCGAAACGCCCCUCCCGCACCGUCUCCUCCUCCAACACCUCUGCCAAUGGUGGAGUGCAAACCUGCACCAGAACGCCGCGAAGCGGGACACACACGAUGUGGGAUUCAUGAUUGCGCCGUGGGCAAUCAAAGCGUGGGAGCUGCAUCGGGAUCCGCAGGCGUACAGCAGCCUCGUUCUCGCGGCGCAUUCGCUGGCGAGUCGGUUCGAUGAGCGGGUUCAGUCGCUGCGCUCGUGGGACAUCUGCCAUACGAAGCGGUACUCGUUCACGGACACGAGCAAGGAUUUCCUUGUGAUUAUUGAUAACAUGCUGAAUCUGGAUCUGCUGUUCUGGGUUGCGCGCGAGACGGGGCAGACCUCAUUGUACGACAUUGCCAUUGCGCAUGCGCGGACGACGCAGCGGCAUCACAUCCGUGCGGACAAGAGUACAUGUCACGUGGUGAAUUAUCAUCAAAACGGCGAGGUGAAAGCCAAGUUUACGCAUCAGGGUUACGGCGACGAGAGCUGCUGGAGUCGAGGGCAGGCCUGGGGCAUUCUGGGGUUCAUGCAGACGUACGGGUGGACGCGCGAGGGCGAGUUCUUGCAGACUGCGCGGGACCUGGCGGACUACUUCCUCGACCACUUGCCCGAGGACGCGGUGCCGUACUGGGACUUUGAUGCGCCGGUUGAUGCGGCUUGUCCAAGGGAUACGUCUGCGGGUAUGGUGGCGUGCUGCGGGUUGGUUCUGCUGUACAAGGCCCUGAAGGGCAGCGAUGAAAAGGCAGCGCGGCAUUAUUUGGACAGUGCAUUCCGGAUCCUCGAUGGGACCGAGUCCAAGUUCAUGAUGUCCUCGCCCGCGCGGUUUGGCGUCGAUCUGUCCGGGACGGACCUUGCCACGUUCCCAGACAAUGAGCCCGCAAAGCAACCCGGGGUUUUGACGCUUUCGCCCAAACACACCAUCAACGGUGUCAACGGAGUAUCUGCCCAAUGUCCCGAGACGAUUCUCGACGCGGCGACCGUCUGCAAUUACGAGUUUGCGUCGCGGCGCUGGGCGGACCACGGGCUGGUCUAUGCGGAUUAUUACUUCCUGCUGCUGGGGAAUCUGUUGUUGGAGUUGGGCCUGGUUGGUAGAUAG